UUCACCAUACAUUAGUAUCUCAGUUUAGCGAUAGGUAGUGCAGGAAAAGUUGUGAGAGCAACCUUGAUGGUAUGAGUUUGUUUGCCGGUUUAAGAGUUAGUUAAAGACAUUUAUCGUUCGUGAACCGGAACCGACGGCUUGUUUCAACACAUUUAAUAGAGGAGCUGACCGUGACCGUAAUUUGCGCAUUCCUGAAGUUGACUGACUGUCGAGUUGGCAGAGAUGUUUCAGAUAAAGAGGAUCUGUUGCAUUGGUGCUGGGUAUGUAGGAGGCCCGACGUGCAGCGUGAUCGCCCACAUGUGUCCGGAGAUCACGGUGACCGUGGUCGAUGUCAACGAGUCUCGCAUCAAAGCCUGGAACUCGGACACUCUGCCCAUUUAUGAGCCGGGUCUGAAAGAUGUGGUUGAAUCAUGCAGGGGGAGAAAUUUGUUUUUCUCUACGGACAUAGACUCAGCCAUCAAGGACGCGGACCUUGUCUUCAUCUCUGUCAACACCCCAACCAAGACCUAUGGGAUGGGGAAGGGUCGUGCAGCGGACCUGAAGUUCAUUGAGGCGUGUGCCCGGCGGAUUGUGGAGGUGUCUGACGGUUACAAGAUUGUCACGGAGAAGAGCACAGUCCCGGUCCGAGCUGCCGAGAGCAUUAGACGGAUAUUCGACGCCAACACAAAGCCCAGCCUGAACCUACAAGUGCUAUCCAACCCAGAGUUCCUUGCAGAGGGAACAGCGGUGCGGGAUCUGAAGGAGCCGGACCGCGUCCUGAUUGGUGGAGAUGAAACGGCCGAAGGUCAAAGGGCAAUCCGAGCUCUGUGUGCCGUCUAUGAGCACUGGGUCCCAAAAGCUCGCAUCAUCACCACCAACACGUGGUCAUCCGAGCUGUCCAAACUGGCAGCCAAUGCAUUCCUGGCACAGCGGAUCAGCAGCAUCAACAGCAUCAGCGCCCUCUGUGAGGCCACCGGGGCCGACGUGGAGGAGGUGGCCAAGGCCAUCGGCAUGGACCAGAGGAUAGGGAGCAAGUUUCUCAAAGCCAGCAUAGGUUUUGGUGGGAGCUGUUUCCAGAAGGAUGUGCUGAAUUUGGUUUACCUGUGCGAAGCCCUCAACCUGCCUGAAGUAGCCUCCUACUGGCAGCAGGUGAUCGACAUGAAUGAGUACCAAAGGCGGCGGUUCGCCUGCAGGAUCAUCGACUGCCUCUUCAACACCGUCACCGGGAAGAAGAUCGCUCUGCUGGGCUUUUCCUUCAAAAAGGACACAGGCGACACAAGGGAGUCGUCCAGUAUCUACAUCUCCAAGUAUCUGAUGGACGAGGGAGCCAAGCUGUUCAUCUAUGACCCCAAAGUCCUCAAGGAACAAAUCAUUCAUGACCUCUCCCAGCCCAACAUCUCAGAGGACAACCCAGGAAGAGUGUCGGAGCUGGUGACCGUGACCUCCGACCCUUACGAGGCCUGUCAGACUGCACACGCAUUGGUCAUCUGCACCGAGUGGGACAUGUUUAAGGAGCUGGACUACGAGAAGAUCUACAAGAAGAUGCUGAAGCCGGCCUUCAUAUUUGACGGCCGCAGAGUGCUGGACCACCUCCACUCUCACCUCCAGAACAUCGGCUUCCAGAUCGAGACCAUCGGUAAGAAGGUGACGGCGACGCGAAUCCCCUACACCCCGGCAGCCGUUGGUCCUCGCAUAGCCGUCAGUGAACCUCCCACCAAGAAAGCCAAAGUCUAAAACUCACCCACACACACGAACAACAUGCAACACAUUCCUCUCUCAACCUUUUUAAUUGCUGGUGAAACCUUUCAUUCAGGUCCAACCCUACUCUGUUGUUGCUACAUGCCUAAGGAUCAAAAGGGCCAGAGCAGCGGGAGUAACUGCUGCCCUGCAGUAGGUCUGAGGAAAAAGCUGAGCCUUCAGAACUGUGUGACUGUGAUCAAGUCAUUGGAAGAAAUCAAAUAGCAUUUAUCAGCCAAAAUAUGUCAGAUGCAGUCAUACAUGCACUAUUUCAACUAAACACUAUUAGAUGAGUCUACUUUCCUACAGUAUUUACUCUAUAAUCAAGUAUGGUUGCUUAAUUGCAAAAUACAUUUUAUACUGUUUUAAAAAAAUAUUUUUAUAAAUCAUAACUGUAUGUCAAUCAGUGUUUGUCCUCCGUAUCAGUGACUCUUUACUUCGAAAGGAUGCAAUAAAGUGUGACGCCUGUCCUUCA